CAAGGUCUUUCACUACAAAAGAAACCAAGCUUUCAUUACGUACCCAGAUGCUGCUUUUCCUCACAGUCUCUGAAUACGAGCACGGCAGGAUUGUUUAAGAAAUGAAGAAUAAGGAAUUGAAAUUAUUUUUUAAAUAUUGGAUGGAUGCAAGAGAGAGUCAAUAUUUGGGAAAGGCUUGCGCAAUGGCAUUUUCCUGGAGAGAGAGUCUAGAAGUCCGGCGUCUAUUGCUUUGGCUUCUGUUCCUCACAACCUGGGAGGCUGGGAGCGGCCAGGUCCGCUACUCGGUCCCCGAGGAGGCCAAACACGGCACCUUCGUGGGCCGCAUCGCCCAGGACCUGGGGCUGGAGCUGGCCGAGCUGGUGCCCCGCCUGUUCCGCCUGGCGUCCAAGGGCCGCGGGGACCUUCUGGAGGUAAACCUGCAGAAUGGCAUUCUGUUUGUGAAUUCUCGGAUCGACCGCGAGGAGCUGUGCGGGCGGAGCGCGGAGUGCAGCCUGCACCUGGAGGUGAUCGUGGACAGGCCGCUGCAGGUGUUCCACGUGGAGGUGGAGGUGAGGGACAUUAACGACAACCCGCCGGUAUUUCCAAUGACAGUGAAAAAACUGUUUGUUUACGAAUCCCGGCCGCCUGGUUCUCGGGUUCCGCUAGAGGGCGCGUCAGACUCAGAUAUAGGAGCGAACUCGCAGUUGACCUACAGCCUUAACUCCAACGACUAUUUUACCCUGGCUGUUAAAAGAAGUGAUGAGGAGAUUAAAUCUCUCGGACUGGUGUUGAAAAAAUUUUUAAAUCGCGAGGACACUCCGGAGCAUCACUUACUAAUAACGGCGGUUGAUGGUGGGAAACCGGAGCUCACUGGCACUACUCAGCUGAAAAUCACAGUUCUAGAUGUGAACGACAAUGCCCCAGAGUUUGAAAGGACGGUUUACAAGGUUAGAUUAUUCGAAAAUGCACCAAACGGUACCGUGGUUGUGGUUGUUAACGCCUCUGACUUGGAUGAAGGACCAAAUAAAGACAUUGUAUAUUCCUUCAAUGCAGAUAUGCCUGCAGAUACUUUGUCAAAAUUCCACUUAGACCCUGUUAACGGGUACAUAAAUGUGAAGGGUAAUAUAGACUUCGAGGACACUAAGUUAUAUGAGAUCCAGGUAGAUGCGACAGAUAAAGGAAUUCCCCCAAUGGUAGGUCAUUGUACGGUCCUAGUGGAAAUUUUGGACACCAAUGAUAACAUACCUGAGUUGGUUAUUAAAUCAUUGUCAUUACCUGUAUUAGAAGAUGCUCCACUGGGCACUGUCAUCGCCCUGAUCAGCGUGUCCGACCGCGACUCCGGUGUCAACGGGCAGGUGACCUGCAGCCUGACACCCAGUGUCCCCUUCAAGCUGGUGUCCACCUUCAGGAACUACUAUUCGCUGGUGCUGGACAGCGCCCUGGACCGCGAGAGCGUGCCGAGCUACGGGGUGGUGGUGACCGCGCGCGACGGGGGCUCGCCUCCGCUGUCGGCCACGGCCAGCGUGUGGGUGGAGGUGGCCGACGUGAACGACAACGCGCCCGCGUUCGCGCAGCCCGAGCACACGGUGUUCGUGAGGGAGAACAACGCGCCCGGCCGCCACAUCUGCACGCUGUCGGCGCGCGACCCCGACGCGCAGGAGAACGCGCGGGUGUCCUACUCGCUGGUGGAGCGGCGGGUGGGCGAGCGCGCGCUGUCGAGCUACGUGUCGGUGCACGCGGAGAGCGGCCGGGUGUUCGCGCUGCAGCCGCUGGACCACGAGGAGCUGGAGCUGCUGCAGUUCCAGGUGAGCGCGCGCGACGCGGGCGUGCCGCCUCUGGGCAGCAACGUGACGCUGCAGGUGUUCGUGCUGGACGAGAACGACAACGCGCCCGCGCUGCUGCCGGGCGGCGCGGGCGAGCUGGUGCCGCGCUCGCUGGGCGCGGGCCACGUGGUGGCCAAGGUGCGCGCGGUGGACGCGGACUCGGGCUACAACGCGUGGCUGUCGUACGAGCUGCUGCAGCCGGCGGCGGCGGCGGCGGCGGGCGGCGCGCGCGGCCCGUUCCGCGUGGGGCUGUACACGGGCGAGAUCAGCACGACGCGCGCCCUGGACGAGGCGGACGCGCCGCGCCAGCGCCUGCUGGUGCUGGUGAAGGACCACGGCGAGCCGGCGCUCACGGCCACGGCCACGGUGCUGCUGUCGCUGGUGGAGAGCGGGCUGGCGCCCCGCGCGUCGUCGCGCGCGCCCGAGGGCGCGGCGGGCGCGCCGACGGCGCUGCUGGACGUGAACGUGUACCUGAUCGUCGCCAUCUGCGCCGUGUCCAGCCUGCUGGUGCUGACGCUGCUGCUGUACGUGGCGCUGCGCUGCGCGGCGCCGCCGGGCGAGGGCGAGGGCGCGGGCGCGGCCGGGAAGCCGGCGCUGGUGUGCGCCAGCGCGGUGGGGAGCUGGUCGUGCUCGCAGCAGCGGCGGCAGAGGGUGUGCUCCGGGGAGGGCCCGCCCAAGACCGACCUCAUGGCCUUCAGCCCCAGCCUUCCUCCUGGUCCAGUUAAUGGGGAUAGAGAAGAGCAGCUGGGUGUGGAUGUUGAUCUUUCCGCCAAAGUAAGUAAUUUCUUUAUUCUUUCAAAAAUGACUUUAUUCCUCCACGUUUCUACUCCUUUGGAAACAUUUUAA